GUGACGCAGGGCGUGCCGGUCCUCCCGCCGUGCCUUUCGCUCACCGUCCGUGGCGGGAACCGCGGCAGCUGGGGUCCGGCAGUCACCGAGAAGUAACCAUGCAAGCAUUUCUGAAAGGCACAUCUGUCAGUUCUAAACCACCAUUGCCCAAGGAUCGGGGAGCAUCUGCCACUGCAGGAAGCAGUGGAGACAACAAGAAAGUCAGACCUGUUCCCUGGGUAGAAAAAUACCGCCCAAAAUGUGUAGAUGAAGUUGCUUUCCAGGAAGAAGUAGUUGCAGUGCUGAAAAAGUCUUUAGAAGGAGCUGAUCUUCCUAACCUCUUGUUUUACGGGCCACCUGGAACUGGCAAAACAUCCACAAUUUUGGCAGCAGCUAGAGAACUUUUUGGGCCUGAACUCUUUCGAUUAAGAGUUCUUGAGUUAAAUGCAUCCGAUGAACGUGGAAUACAAGUAGUUCGAGAAAAAGUGAAAAAUUUUGCUCAGUUGACUGUAUCAGGAAGUCGUUCAGAUGGGAAGUCAUGUCCUCCUUUUAAGAUUGUAAUUCUGGAUGAAGCAGAUUCUAUGACCUCAGCUGCUCAGGCAGCUUUAAGACGUACCAUGGAAAAAGAGUCUAAAACAACCAGAUUCUGUCUCAUCUGUAACUAUGUCAGUCGAAUAAUUGAGCCCCUGACCUCUAGAUGUUCAAAAUUCCGCUUCAAGCCUCUAUCAGAUAAAAUUCAGCAAAAGCGAUUGCUAGAUAUUGCCGAGAAGGAAAAUGUCAAAAUUAGCAGUGAGGGAAUAGCCUAUCUUGUUAAAGUAUCAGAAGGAGAUUUACGGAAAGCCAUUACCUUUCUUCAAAGUGCUACUCGUCUAACAGGUGGAAAGGAAAUCAUGGAAAAAGUGAUCACAGACAUUGCUGGGGUAAUACCAGCAGCAACAAUUGAUGGAAUAGUCACUGCAUGUCGCGGUGGCUCUUUUGACAAACUGGAAGCUGUGGUAAAGGACCUAAUAGAUGAAGGACAUGCAGCAAUUCAGCUUGUUAACCAACUUCAUGAUGUGGUUGUGGAAGAUGAAAACCUUUCUGAUAAACAGAAGUCUGUUAUUACAGAAAAACUUGCUGAAGUUGAUAAAUGUUUAGCAGACGGUUCUGAUGAACACCUGCAGUUGAUGAGCCUUUGUGCAACUGUGAUGCAGCAAGUAACUCAGAAUUGUUGACAGAAUUUUGUAAAAUGAAAAUAAAAUGACAAAAAAGCCACAUGUAAA